AGAGUGUCCAAGCGGUUCCGCUCCACGUCCGAACAAAGUGGUUACCAUUGAGUCCAACGAACCCGCUGAACUCCACAUCCCCCAGCAGUCACGCAACAAAACCUCAGUGCUAAAGAGCGCGAUGCUCAAGAGUCCCCUGAUAGACACGCGAAGGAUGAAGAGGUUGCAGGCACACACUAUGGGACCACCCAGCGCACCUGCAUUAGCAGUGCCUCGGUCACAAAAUGGAUAUUGUAAAGGAAUACGAAGCAAAAUCCCUUCAUACAGCUCUGAUGGGGACGGACGAGAAGAGGAUGUAAGAGCUGUUCGUGGCGCGCGGGUCAAUCCGAUCCUGGAGCACAUUCAUAAACCAGGGAUCGCAUGCCUCAACCGACACCGGUUCCCCAGAGGGAGGUGGAACAAUGGGCAGCCAGAAGAUUUGUAUUGUCGGAUUGCAGUGGAUGGUGGAUCUGACAUCGCCCCCAGACUUGAUUUGGAGCAUAAGCGCAUUGACGAACCACUCCCCUCACCUCAAAAGGAAGAAUCUGCCCCCCCCCCCAAGGAUGAUCUUCUCCGGGAUGAGGACCCUAUUCCCAUUGAGGUCAAAAGAGAUGCAACCAUGCUCCUAUGCGAUUGAGGUUUGCAACCACCACCCACAGGGAUGCGUGGGUUCGGAAUCUAGGGAUUCCUACAGGGGAUCGGUGCGAGAAUUGUUGGCCAAACGCGGCUAAGCGUGCCUCUUGAUGCGUUGGAGAACCGCAGCGGUA